AACCCAAUUACAAAUGAGAGUGUAAUCUUACCGCAUCAAAAUGCAGCACGUCACCUCUGAUAAUCGGAAUCAGAUUCCGAUACAGAUGCCAUGCUAAGCUUGCUUCCAUUCAUUCCUCCCUCCAAUUCCAAUCCAAUCUCCCUUUCCGUCUCUCUUUUCUGCAAAUUCAUUCCUCCCAUUUCCUUCUCAAAACGCCGCCUUUUUCUUGAUCCAACACCCUAAACCAAAUCCCUAACUCCUUCAUUCAUUUGUGCACACCAAGUUUGGCGCUUUUUAUCUUGUGAUGUCGGUUUCUCACCUCCUUGUAUUCUUUUUCGCCUAUUUUCCAGGAUUGGUCUUUUCUGCGGUUGUGACGCUGAGUUCCAUUGAGAUAUUCACAACGCAUGAGUGGCUGAAAUUCACCCCAACUGUGUAUUUCAAAUGCAACGGAGAGAACAAGACUGUGUUGCCUGAUGUCAAGAAAAAGAAUGUCAUCUAUGUCUUCAGGGGUGAAGAGUCUUGGCAGCCAUUGACUAAUUUUUCGAGCAAAAAAUGCAAGCGAUGCGGACUGUAUGAGGAAGACAAAAUUCUUGCAGAUGAUGUGUUUGAUGAGUGGGAGCUUUGUCCUUCCGAUUUCACUGCUCCUCUUGGCAAAUAUGAGUAUAUCAGUGAUAAAGAGUUUAAUGCUAGCCUUUUGUGCCCGGAUUGCUUACCUUUGUCUGGCGUUUCUACUGCCUCUCCACCUGUUGCGAAUGAUGAAAAUUUGCGAAAAGAAAAGCCUGCGAGACAAAGGAAGAAUGUAGCAGUUAUUGUAGUAGUAAGUGUUUUGGGAUCGGCCAUACUGAUUGUCGCAGCAGUGGGUGCAUUUAAGUUCUGGCAAAAGAGGAAGAGGGAGCAAGAUCAAGCUCGGUUCUUGAAAUUAUUUGAAGAAGGAGAUGACAUUGAGGAUGAGCUCCACCUCGAUCAUAUCAUAUGAUAUCGAGCAAAAUCUCUCCUGUACAGUAGGUUUUUCCUCUCACAAUUUUGUUUAUGAAGAUAAGAUGACAAGAGGUUUUACGGUUUCAACUGGAAAACAUUAUGUUAUUGUUCAUAUUCUCCUGUACAUAAUUAAUACCAUAGGGCUUCUUAGCUACUA